AUGUCUACUAUAGGAGAUCUAGAUCUUAAUGAAAAUCGGUAUUCAAGACAGUUAAUGCUAUGGGGUUCACUAAGUCAACUCUAUCUCAAGAAUGCAUCUGUGUGUAUAUUGGGUUCCUGCGUAGUAGCUAUAGAAGUAUUGAUCUCAUUAGCAUUUAAUGGUGUUGGAAAUAUAACUAUAGUUGAUGAUUCAAAAAUAGAACAAGCUGAUAUUGGAAAGAGUUCAAUAUUAUAUAAUAAAGCCUUUAUAAAUGAGUAUUGUGUAAAGGCUUAUGUAACUGAAAUAUCAAAGGCUAAUAUAGAUACGACACUAAAUUUUAUUAUUCAAUCCCCAGAAAGAUUUUUACUUGAGCUAUGUGAAGAUUCAAAUAGACAUGAUUUCUAUAAUGUAAUUGUUCUUUGUAAUAUACCACUGCAUAUAAGCUCUAUAUUAUUUGAAUACUUAAGGAAUACUAAAAAAGACUACUUUAUUGUUGUAUUAACAUCUGUUGGAUUUGUCGGAAUGGUGAGAAUCUUUAUGAAUGGUAUAUAUCUGUCAUUUGAUAGUGAUUUGAGUAGGCAAUUAAGUAUAAGAUUAAAAGGGCUACAACUACACCGACCACUAGAUGAGUUAGUUAAUUUAUCUAACGAAAUUGAAAUGUCUGAUUUAGAUGAUCUAACACGCAAACAUAUUCCUUUUCCUAUAAUUUUGGUGAAAGCUAAACAAAUUUAUGAAGAAAUAUAUACUAGCAUAUAUGAAGAGAAUUCAAGUCAAAUUUUGAAGCAAAUUAUUGAAAAACUUUGUAGAUUUUCUAAUGAGAUUAACUUUCAAGAAGCAAUACAAAAUAUCAACUUGCUAUUUUCAAGCGAUUCAUCUGCAUUAUAUGAUGAAUUAAAUCAUGUAUUAUUAGAAUCUAACAAGAAUGUCACUUUAUCAUACAAUAGAAAGCUAUCACUUAUUCUCCAUGCUAUUAAUCUGUUCUAUAAAGAGUAUAAGCGAUAUCCAGUGUGUGAAAAGUUACCAGAUAUGACAAGCUGCACUUCGCUAUACUUGAAACUACAGUCAAUAUAUAAGGAUCAGUUUGCUAAAGAUAUAGAUAUAAUCUAUACACUAAUAUGUACGAAAUAUCAGGAUAUUAAUCAAAUCACGAAGUAUGAGAUAAAAGAUUUAUGUGAUCAUCUUUAUACUUUUGUACCUGUUAAAUAUAAUAAUAUAUAUCUAUCAUGUGAUUCUAACUUCAAUACUCUUACAUUUAAGAAUGAAUUAAUGGAAUAUGAUUCUGUAGAAAAUUACAAAAAUCAAUCAUUAUUAGCAUACUACCUUAUUUUAGAAUCUAGAGAACUAUUUAAUCAAAAAUAUGGAAGGUAUCCAAAAAACUCUAUAGAAGAUUUAAACGAAGUAAUUAAUAUUAUUGUAACAUAUCUAGAUAAAAUAAAUUUGAAUAUAGAUAUAUUUUGCCCUAAUAAGGAUCUGAUUAAACAAGUAAUUGGAUUCGAAACCAGUCAAAUCCAGACAACAGCUUGUUUUAUUGGGGCAAUAGCAUCUCAAGAAAUUAUUAAGAUUAUAACUAAUAAAUUUGUUCCUUUAAAUAACACAUUAAUUUGGAGUGGAGUCUCGUGUAAAUGCUCAGCAUUCAAACUUUGA